AUGUCAGAUUCAAUUAAUUAUGAAGACUUAGGCAUAAAUGAGGCCUUUGACUUAAUUCGUAAAUGGAGAGACAACAAUGAGAGAAAAUUUAGCGAAUGGGUUUUGCUCUGGGAAAAAAUAUUUAAAAAUUUAGACAGUAGACCAAAUGAAAAAUAUAUAGUUGCGGAACAGCUUUUAGUUGCUAUGCUUGACCAACACAGUUAUAAUUUGGCUCUAAUGUGGCUGGAACUCCUACUUGAACAGUUCCCUGGAAGUCUUCGGGUUAUGAGGUACAAAGCACUCUGCCUCGAAGCUCAAGGACAAUACGAUACGGCGCAAUACGUCCUGGACGAGAUCAUAAAAGUUGACGAGACCAACGCGCCAGCGCGCAAGCGGCGCGUGGCCUCGCUGAAGGCCCAAGGCCUGCUCCCCGACGCCAUAAAAGAGCUCGUCGACUACCUGAAGAGGUUCACGGCGGACAUGGAGGCGUGGCAGCAGCUAGGCGAGCUGUAUCUGGAGGCGGCCGACUACUCGCGCGCCCUCUUCUGCACCGAGGAGCUGCUUCUUCACCAACCACACAACCAUCUGCUGCACCAGCGAUCGGCCGACAUCCGCUACACCAUGGGAGGAGUCGAAAACAUGGAGCUCGCCAAAGCCCACUACUGCCGGACUCUGAAGCUGAACCCGAACAACGCGAGGGCUCUGCUGGGUCUCAAUCUGGUGACGAAUAACCUUCUGGGCCACUACAAGUCGUCGGGCAGCGGCAAGCGCAAAGAGGUGUGGAAGCUGUCCCGGUGGGUCCACUCCGAACUCGGCCGUCGGCAAGCCGACGCCCACUCGCUCACCGACCUCAUGCUCGCCAUUUCCAUCGCCGACUGA